AAAGGUGAAGAUGGUGACUCCAACUGAUCUCGUGAUUGUGUGCUGCCAUGGCGUCUGGACCGGCGGGCCAACGAAGGGCUCAGACGAAUCGGAAUGGCUGAUUGCAGACUUCCAAGCUGGAGAAACUCCAACCUUCGUCGAUCACAUUAAGGCUGGUCUGCAAUGCAUUAGUGAAAAUCACAACGCAGUUCUGGUGUUUUCCGGAGGAUCUACUCGUCGAGAAACACGCCUUUCUGAGGCUCAAAGCUAUGCCAACUUGGCUUCAGCAAACAACUACUUCGACAUCCUGCCCACAGGAAGCGACACGACCAGUCGUAUAUUCACAGAGGAACAAGCGUUGGACUCGUACCACAACGUCCUUUUCUCCGUCAUUGCCUUUUGGCGUCGCUAUGAUUUUGUAGCAUGGCCUCAACUGAUCACAAUUGUCAGUCAUGCAUUCAAGCGAGCUCGGAUUGUUGAGGGGCAUUGCAGUGCCAUCGGGUUUCCUCUACACCGCGUCGUAUUUCAUGGCCUUGAUCCGCCCGGAAUGACGGCGCUUUCUGGACAGGAUGUGCGAAAUCAAGAGGCUUUGGCGGGUGUUCAGGUGGCUGUGGACCAGUGGCAAGCCGACCCCCAUGGUGCCGGCCAGACCUUAGCAGGCAAGAGAGCGAAGCGCAAUCACUGGCUUAUCGACCAGGCACUGUUUCGCACUGAAGAAGAGAGGAUCAGAAGUGGCAUUCAAACAACAAUCACAGAGCUUGGCGGCGUGAGGCUGUCGGAUGAGGGAUUCAGACCGUGGGCUUGAGGCACACUGGAGUUCUCCAGGGCGCUCGAUUUUCGAU